GGCAGGGAGGGGGAAGAGCCGUCGCUCGCGAGCACAGACAGUGCUGCCGUGACACUCGGCCCUCCAGUGUCGCCGAGACGCAAGAGCAGCGCGCAGCACCUGUCCGCCCGGAGCUAGCCCGGCGCGCGGCCGUAGAAAAGGAGGGACCGCCGAGGUGCGCGUCAGUGCUGCUCAGCCCGGCCGGCCGGGACGCGGGAGGAUGUGGACUGGGUGGACAUGAGCAAGCCUUAUCUCAGAUGUUGGAUCUUCUCUUGGAAAAACGUGUGGGUACGACCUUGCCAAGGGUUGCAUUUUAAAAUCGUGCUUCUUCAAGGCAGUCUGCUUUAUACGGCUUUGGACUCUUACUCAACUGUACAAGCUGCCCCUAAGUGUAGCUCCAGCUCCGUGAAGUUUCAAGGUUUAGCAGAGAGGACUGAGAUCAUGAAAAUGGACAUGGAGGACGCUGAUAUGACUCUAUGGACAGAGGCUGAGUUUGAAGAGAAGUGUACCUACAUAGUGAACGACCACCCCUGGGAUUCCGGCGCCGACGGGGGUACUUCUCUUCAAGCAGAGGCAUCCUUACCAAGGAACCUGCUUUUCAAGUAUGCCACCACCAACAGCAAAGAGGUCAUUGGCGUGGUGAGUAAGGAGUACAUACCACAGGGAACGAGGUUUGGACCCCUGAUAGGUGAAAUCUAUACCAAUGACACGGUUCCCAAGAACGCCAACAGGAAAUAUUUUUGGCGGAUCUAUUCCAGAGAGGAAUUCCACCACUUCAUCGAUGGCUUUAAUGAGGAGAAAAGUAACUGGAUGCGCUACGUGAAUCCAGCUCACUCUGCCCGGGAGCAAAACCUGGCUGCCUGUCAGAACGGGAUGAACAUCUACUUCUACACCAUUAAACCCAUCCCUGCCAACCAGGAACUUCUUGUGUGGUAUUGUCGGGACUUUGCAGAGCGCCUUCACUAUCCUUAUCCUGGAGAGCUCACAGUGAUGAAUCUCACGCAAACGGAAAGCAACCCAAAGCAAUACAGUAGUGGGAAAAAUGAACUGUACCCAAAGAAUGUUCCCAAGAGAGAGUACAGCGUGAAAGAAAUCCUAAAACUGGACUCCAAUCCCUCCAAAAGGAAGGACUUCUACCGUUCCGACAUUUCACCCCUCACUUCAGAAAAGGACAUGGACAGCUUUAGGAAAAAUGGGAGCCCCGACAUGCCCUUCUACCCCCGGGUUGUUUACCCCAUCAGGGCGCCUCUGCCAGAAGACUAUUUGAAAGCGUCCCUGGCCUAUGGGAUUGAGAGACCCACUUACAUUACUCACAGCCCCCUUCCGUCUUCCACAACUCCAAGCCCCCCGGCAAGCAGUAGCCCUGAGCAGAGCCUCAAGAGCUCCAGCCCCCACAGCAGCCCGGGGAACACCGUGUCACCCCUGGCGCCAGGCCCCCCAGAACCCCGGGACUCCUACCCCUACUUGAAUGUCUCCUAUGGCUCCGAGGGCCUGGGCUCCUACCCUGGCUACGCACCUGCCCCCCACCUCCCACCGGCUUUCAUUCCCUCUUACAACGCUCACUACCCCAAGUUCCUAUUGCCACCCUAUGGUCUAAGUUCCAACGGCUUGAGCACCAUGAGCAACAUCAAUGGCAUCAACAACUUCAGCCUCUUCCCCAGGUUGUAUCCUGUCUACAGUAACCUCCUUGGUGGGGGCAACCUGCCUCACCCCAUGCUCAAUCCAGCUUCUCUACCGAGUUCCCUGCCCUCAGAUGGAGCCCGGAGGUUGCUUCCACCGGAGCACCCCAUCCCAGCGCCCCACAGUGCCUUUUCCCUUACCGGGGCUGCCGCCAGCAUGAAGGACGAGAGUAGCCCCCCCAGCGGGUCUCCAACGGCGGGAACCGCAGCCACAUCGGAACACGUGGUACAACCCAAAGCUACCUCAGCAGUGAUGGCAGCCCCCAGCACUGACGGAGCCAUGAAUCUCAUAAAAAACAAAAGAAACAUGACUGGUUACAAGACUCUUCCCUACCCGCUGAAGAAACAGAACGGCAAGAUCAAGUAUGAGUGUAAUGUCUGUGCCAAGACAUUUGGUCAGCUCUCCAACUUGAAGGUCCACUUGAGAGUGCACAGUGGAGAACGGCCUUUCAAAUGCCAGACCUGCAACAAGGGUUUUACUCAGCUCGCCCACCUGCAGAAACACUACCUGGUACACACAGGAGAAAAGCCACAUGAAUGCCAGGUCUGCCACAAGCGAUUCAGCAGCACAAGCAAUCUCAAGACCCACCUUCGACUGCACUCUGGAGAAAAACCUUACCAGUGUAAGGUGUGCCCCGCCAAGUUUACUCAGUUCGUGCACCUGAAGCUGCACAAGCGACUACAUACCCGGGAGCGGCCCCACAAGUGUGCCCAGUGCCACAAGAGCUACAUCCAUCUCUGCAGCCUCAAGGUCCACCUGAAGGGCAACUGUCCUGUGGCCCCAGCUGCCGGGCUGCCUCUGGAGGAUCUGACCCGAAUCAAUGAAGAAAUCGAAAAGUUUGACAUUAGCGACAACGCUGACCGUCUUGAGGACAUGGAGGAAAACAUUGAUGUUACCUCUAUGGUGGAGAAGGAGAUUCUCUCUGUGGUCAGAAAAGAGAAAGAAGAAACUGGCCUGAAAGUGUCUUUGCAAAGAAACAUGGGGAACGGACUUCUCUCCUCAGGAUGCAGCCUCUAUGAGUCAUCAGACCUGUCUCUCAUGAAGUUGCCUCACAGCAACCCACUACCUCUGGUACCUGUAAAGGUCAAACAAGAAACAGUUGAACCAAUGGAUCCUUAAGAUUUUCAGAAAACAAGUGUUUUGUUUUGCUUUGCUUCUUAGGUUAUGACUUGGUGAGUCAGGGUGCCUGUAUCGAAUUGCUUAUAAACAAUUCCAAAUCUGCAAAACACCUGGCAGCAGGUGGUUCCCCAAACCUCUCUGGAAUUAAAGAAGGACUCCAAAGUAACCAAAAUCUCAGGGCAUAAAUGAGGCAAAGACUCACUCUAUAUACAUAUAUACAUAUUAUAUAUAUAUAUACACUUAUUUACAGCCAUGUCUAUAUAUUUGAACCUGUGUAUUUUGAAUAUUUGUGUGGAUAUGUUUGCAUAGCCUUCCUAUUACUAAAACUAUUACCUAGCCAUAAUUAUUUUUUCAAUGAUAAUAGUUCAUAAUUUAUUAUACAGUUUAUCUUUCAAAAAGCAAUAAUUAAAAAGUUUACAAUGACUGGAAAGAUUCUUUGUAAUUUAAAUAUAAAUGUGUUAUUGUCUUUGUGGCCACUCUUUGUAGAUAAUUUCUGCACAUCUGUUGAGAUCUCUGAGACUUAGUAAACAGCUGUGUGAUUUCAGUCAACCUUUCUCUAUAAUAAUGCUUUAAAAUGAGGUUUUGAUGUUGCCAAAGUCAUAUGGUUGGCGUAUUAACUCAGAGGAUAGUAUCAGUGAACAACAUUGUAUAAGUUGGGGGUAUGUGUGCAGAAUUACUUAGCAAUAAUUUGAGGGGAAGGAAUCAGAAAAGGAAUAUUUUAUGUUUCUAAUGAUAGUUUAUUUUUCCCCUCCUAGCCACAAUUUUACCAAAAUGGUGACAGGCUUUGCCAGUCUGUCCCUCCAAAAACAUAGGGACAUCUCCAAUGUCAUAGGACCGUUCUGAGUGGCCAUAUGACUUUGGCAUCCUAGUGUGUUAUCUGAAAAUGUGAAGAAGAUAAAAUGCCAUAUUCAAACCACCGAGAAUCUGUCUUUUAGCACAGAUGAUUGUGUGUGUGUGAGGGUUAGGGGCUUGAGUCUGGGUGUCAUUUUGUUGUUGACGUGUUUUUGUUUUUUAGUGUCAAAUUUGCACAAAGGUGGUGCCCUACCAAGAAGGAUUUGAUGUAGAUAGGCUUGGGCCACAUUUAAAAUACAAACAAAAAACUAACAGAAAACUAAACAAAACAAAUCAAAGAAACGGGUAUGCCUGUCAUCUUAGGUUAAGCGGGUGAUGAACAUUCCUAUCCCCAACACAUCAAUUGUAAUUUCUGUAAAACCUAGCUUUUCUCAGUGUUUCUGUUUUUGCAUUUUAUAAUUUAAUUGAAGAUGAAAGGGCAUUGCAAAGUUGUUCAACAACAAUUACCUCAUUGAGUGUAUCCAGUAGGAGCACAGGAAGUGAUGUCUUAUCUCAUGACUUGCUGCUCAGCUGAGCACGUGCGCUCCAGAAUGGUAGGCUGGGUGGUUCUGUCUUGUAUUCGUCUAAGCCCAAAGGUUACCUGUUGGUGUUCAAGGUGUAGCAAAGAAUGAUGUAUAUUUAUGAGUCUAUUUAUACCACUAUACCAUGUAUAUAUAUAAUAUAUUUAUAACCACUUAAAUUGUGAGCCAAGCCAUGUAAAAGAACCUACUUUUCCUAAGGAGCAAAAAGAACCUUUUUCUGAAGUUUUGCUUGAAACUCCAUGACCUCACGAUCACACUGGUGCUUGUGCACCACUUUGCCUAUGACCAGAGACCAUAGCACCUCGGUGCUGAGGUAAGGUAGUUGCCAUGUAGCAACUAGGGAGGAAUAGAAAUGUCAUUUUGCUUUCUAACAUCAUCUGUCCUAUUAGAUUGUUCUGCUCCAUUUGUGUCAGUUGGGUCACAGAAAUAAAAGUCAUUUCAUCUCCACUAUACUUUUCUUCAUCCCCCUCCUUUGGAACCCUGACACCUCCUCACUCUUCAGUGUGAUACUAAGUUUAGCAUUUUGUAUAUAUCUAUCAACUUACAAAGAGAAAAACUUCAGCUCAUCCAGGGAAGCCCCAGAGCCUUACUUAUCUGCUGCUGUGAACAGCAAGAUGGGCUUCUCUUCACCUACAAGGAUCAGCACCAGAGAUUCCACACAUGCUAGAGAAGCAAGCUAUCACUGAGCUGCAGCCCGACUCGAGACUGACAUUUCUGGAUGCAUCUGUGUUUGAGGAAAAUGGUCCUUAGGUGUAGGUAAACCAAAGCAUGACGUGACAUUGACACCAAAUCCGAUUUCUUUCUAGUGAACUCCCAUUGGUUUCCUCCUGCGUUUUUCUGUCUUGGGAGGAGUUUUACCAGUGCUAAUUGCUUUUCUUGCCAUCUGUCUUCCUCCUAGGCCUCUUACAUGUGAGUGUUGAGCCCACAAUGAACAGUGGUUUUAUUUUUUUUUCCCCCUCAGAGUUAAAACUGACCAAAGUUAUUGGCUUUUUACUUUGCUAGAACAACAAACUAUCUUAUGUUUACGUACUGGUUUACAUUGUUAUUUAUGUGCAAAUUGUUAAAAUGUAAAUUAAAUAUAAAUGUUCAUGCUU